AUGCCAAAGCACGAGUUCCUGACUCCAAAGGCUAUAGCCAACAGAAUUAAGGCAAAGGGCCUUCAAAAGCUACGUUGGUAUUGUCAGAUGUGUCAGAAACAGUGCCGUGAUGAGAACGGUUUCCAGUGUCAUAUACGUUCGGAAUCUCACCAACGUCAAAUGGGUCUGUUUGCCGAGAGUCCAGAAAUGUAUAUGCAAGGAUACUCGAAGGAAUUCCUAGACGAUUUUAUAAAGCUGCUUUCGCGCAGAUGGGGAACAAAACGAGUUCACGCGAAUCUCGUAUAUCAAGAGUACAUAUCUGAUAGGCAUCAUUUGCACAUGAAUGCCACUCAGUGGGAAACUCUAACAGACUUUGUCAAAUCUCUUGGGAGGCAAGGCAUUUGUGCUGUCGAUGAGACGCCGAAAGGAUGGUUUAUAGCUUGGAUCGAUAACAGCCCGAAGGCGCUUGCGCGACAGGAAGCAAUAUUGAAAAAAGAACGCCAAGAACAAUUGGACGAAGAGCAUUCACGAAGAAUGAUUGACGAACAGGUCGAGAGGGCAACAAAAGAAGCUGCUGCUUCCGGCAUCAUGGAGAAGCUCUCCGAAAACUACACGGAACUAAAACGAGAAGCAGAAGAAGAGAAAAUAACACUAAACAUUUCUGCUGCAAUCUCUUCAUCUCCAGUAUCCACGGUAACCGCUUCCUCCAACCCUUCUACAACUCCAACUUCUGUAUCCACCACACCGUCGCUUUCCUUUCAGAAGCAAACACAACAGAAGAAGUCACUUAGUGCAUUAGUCAAAGAAUCCAACAUACAAACGCACAAGCCACAGCCUCCGAAAGAAAAGGAACAAAGGAAACUUACAGCUAUGGAACAGAUUAUUCUUGAGGAGACAGAGAGGAAGAAGAGGUUGGCAGAUAGAGCGAUUAAUGGAAAAAAGGGAGAAUGGAGAAGAGAUGAGGGACGAGAUAUAGAAAGGAGGAACAAAAGGAAAGACGAGGGACGAGAUAUGGAAAGUAGGAAGAAGAGGAGAGAUGAGCAUAGAGAUAGAGAUAGAGACAGGGAUAGAGACAGGGAUAGAGACAGGGAUAGAGAUAGGGGCAGGGAUUGGAGUAGAGACAGAGAUAGAGAUAGGGGCAGGGAUUGGAGUAGAGACAGAGAUAGGGGUAGGGACAGAGACGGAGAUAGAGAGAGGUAG